GCAUGAUCGAUAUGAAUCACCGCCGGUCAUCUACAGACAAGACGAAAUUCGCCGGAAUUACAGAUAAUAAUCAAGGCUUUGUAAUAGUAAUCCGAAGAAUUAGGAUCGCAAAGUUAGGAUGGAGCUAAGGGAAGAGAGGAUUGAUUUACAGAGAGGCAAAGCAGGUCUUGGAUUCAACAUCAAGGGAGGAGAGGAUCAACCUUUGGUUGCUGGAGACACAGGAAUCUUUGUUACAAAGAUCAGAGAAGAAGGAGCUGCUUCUAAAGAUGGAAGACUCAAGAGAGGAGACAAGAUCUUGGAGAUCAACGGUGAGGAUGUGAGAGCUGUACCACACAAGAGGGCAGUAGAUCUAUUUGUAGGUGCCGGUGAAACAGUCAAACUCUUCGUCCAACAUAAUGCCGAAGCACUGCUUAGGAAAAAAGUGGAAGAUGCUAAAGCCAGAGCAGCAAACUCUAGAGGAGGAGCUGGUGUACAGUGGAUGGUUGUCAUAGGAGUAGUCGUUACCGUCGGAGCAUUUAUCUGGUUUCGCGCGAGACGACGUUAACACCAUGCUAGAUCCUUAGAGUAUUCAGAUAUAUAUUUCUACCAUUCUACUUUAUCACUCAACUUUGAUUUCUUUUAUGAAUGUAAAAACAAAAACUUUGACUAUAAAAGGAACGAAAUAACAGAAAAAAAGAGAAAACUUUUGCUUUCCUUGCCACACACAUCAAGUCAUACAUUUUUAGAGGCAGAUAGGGUAAAAAAGAACAGAAUUAGAUCAUUGUCAUCCUAUCUUACCAUCCAUUGUAGGUAAAAAAAACGUUGGAUAGACCUGGAUGAAAGUUUUUGGGGUAGACUGAUACUGACAUCAAAUCAAAAGGCAAGUGGAUGAAGUAUAGAAAUGGACACAUGAUGCUCAUUGACUCAUUUUGAAAUUGCAAGACCAACUGGAAUAGUACUUAUAGUACUAAUCAAAGGACAUUAGUGGUGGAGUUUACAUGGAUGCAUACUUUUCUUCUUUUUUGUUGAUUAACGCUUUUUAUUUUGUUUACUUGGAAUGGCUUUACUUAGUGUAGCUUUUUCUUUCAGUAACUGUUGUACUCGAGAACACUUACUAGAUGGGAUGCUUUACAGCCAAGAUGAAAUUAUCCUUGAUUGUUGGUUCAGGGAAAGUACUCAUAUUUCCCUGUUAGAUAGACUAUGUUGAUUAUAUAACCAUGUCUUCGUUCUAUUUAAAAGUCAUGCUUAUAUCACUUACGGGAGAUCUUGAAAAUGAUCUGAAUGGUUAGGCUUACUUGGGACUUGAUCACAUGUGGUCUCAUUAGUGUAGUAUUAAAUAAUGAACCUCUGUUUUUGCCCUUGAUUAACAUGGUAAAAACAAUUGUUAGCUAAUAUUUGUUUUGUUCAUCCUCUGCUAGGGUUGUGAUAAUCAAUGUUGAAGGCUGUAAUAACAAAAUUAAGAUUCCCAAAAACAAACAAAUGCGAAGUAGGAUUAAAGUUUAUUAUUGAAAGAAAGUUGUAUCUUCAAGAAGCUUUUACCAUUUCUCCCUCAAGUGUUAACAUACAUUGGGGAAGCAAUGAUUAAAAAAUAGGCAAACUUUUCUUUUUUUCAACCUCAACAAGAAUUCUAUGGCCUUAUACUUCAAUCAGUUGUACGGAUGUACAAUCACAUUUUAGUCAGAAAUCUUGUAUGAAACGUAAUGUCCUUGAUUUAUGUUUUAGUAGUUAAAUGGA